GGACAGUUUGACACUUAUGGUCAGUAAUGUUAUACGAAUAAAUAGAAAAAAGCAGGUUGUGUUUGUCUAUUAACUGGAGAAAAACUUGAAUGUUUAAACGGACUGACAUAAAAGGAACAAGUUAGAAAACGUGUUGAAUUGUGCGUCAAAACCUAGCUCACGUACCUAUCAUAAGCGAAAAAUAUUUUAACACUGAGUCAUCGGCAACACGAUAUCUAUUACAGAACCGUUAUCCAGACCGUCCCGAAGAACAUCUUAAAAACACGUCGAUUUGAGGAAUAUUAACCAAUAGGAAAUUAAAGCCACAGGAAAGUUGACAGACGGCUUGGUGAAUGACACUGCAGUCUAAGAAUAGAAGCGGCAAACUAAGAACCGAGAGGAUCGACAAACGUGUCACAAUAAAUGUCAGCGGACGGCGGUUCUGCACCUGGGACAGCACGCUGAAGAAAUAUCCAAACACGUUGUUAGGCAGCGAAGCCAUCAAGCUCUACUUCGACGAUGACAAGAAAGAGUACUUCCUUGAUAGAGAUCCACACAUGUUUAGAUACAUUCUCAAUUUCUAUCGUGACGGAAAACUGCACUAUUCCUACGAGGAUUGCCUGGGUGCUUUUCACGAAGAGCUACGCUUUUAUGGAAUUGAUAUGGAUAACUUGAACGAUUGCUGCUGGGAAGAAUGUUACAACCUGUCGAAAAAACUUGGCCCCAAAAGUGAAAAACAGCCAAACUGCGCAUGUGCUGAACCGCAUAGAAAUAAAUCAUUUCUUCGUAAAUGGUUUUGGAAUCUUCUUGAAAAUACCGAAACGAACCGCUUAGGAAAAUGCGUCCAGAGCUUCAUCGCAGUUCUCAUAUAUCUUAGUGUUGUCUGUACCAUUAUUGAGACGGAGCGCUGCUGCAAGGAUAAAACGUGCGAGGAGAAAUACCCUCAAGUAUUUUUCGUCAUUGAUGCUUUCUGCAUGAGCGUUUUCACAGCUGAGUAUAUUCUUAGAUUUUACGCGGCUGACCAACGUUGGAAAUUUAUCAUUAACAAGAUGAACAUUGUGGAUUUACUGGCCGUUGCGCCUUUUUAUGUCAUUCUUUUAUUCAAACAUAUCUCGCCCGAUUCUUCGACCGCCGUGGAGAACGCCAGCGGUUUGAUGGUCCUACGCAUGCUCAGAGUGUUCCGGAUUUUUAAGCUUUCGCGCCAUUCCAAGCACAUGCGGCAGAUGGGAAGGGCUUUGAAGCGCGCUGUUGUCGAUCUGGGGUUUUUGUUCUUCGCGUUUUUAUUGAUGAACAUGGUGUUUUCAAGCGUGUUGUAUUACAUCGAACAAAUGCAGGCGGAGGAGACAAAAUUCAAAAGUAUUCCGGACAGCAUGUGGUAUACGAUCAUCACCAUGAUGACUGUAGGGUAUGGUGACAUGAUUCCUAUCACGACUCUGGGCAAGAUUCUAGGCUCCCUGUGCUGUCUCUCUGGAAUAAUUAUGCUUGCCCUUCCUAUACCGAUUAUACAGGAGGGAAACUUGGAAAUCAGGGAAUCUUAAGUGUAAACAACAACGACAACAACGACAACAACAACAAUAACAACAAUAGCAACAGCAGCAGCAAGGAAAACAAGCUAGUGCCCAGUCGAUGAUAUGUAGAAGACGAAUUUAUACCAAUAGGCCAUUUUACUGUUGUGUGCUUAGUUACCUGGCCUAUGAAUGUAAGCGAGGCUGGAGGUGACCUUGCUUUGAUACAGACCUCACUGCUUUUCUCAUGCAAAUGCAAACUAGUCAGCACAAGAACAACUUGAUUUACACAACAAAAGCAGUGAGGUCUGUAUCAAAACAAGGUCACCUACAGCCUCGCUACCAUUCAAAGGCUAGGUCACUGAACAGACAACUGUAAAAUGGUCUAUUAUACAGGAGGGAAGCUUCGAAAUCAGAAAAUCUUAACUGUAAACACCAACCACAACAGCAACAACAGCAGGAAGUAAAACAAGCCAGUUUCCACUCAGUGAUAUGCAGAAGACGCCUUUUGAAAUGAGCACGUUGUUACGACACCUGGCUGUCAUCGAUUACCCUAGACCAGAGAGCGUCAUCGGUAAUAAAUUAGUAUCGGGCGCUUUAUAUUCAACCAAAAAUUCAGGACCGUUCAAACCGUGGCCCAAUACUAUGGAAAUUUUCUUGGAAAGUUUCAGGAAAACCUGAAAAUUGUUGAAUUUCUGAAAUGUGAACUAUUGAACCGAGAAAUUUGGGCAGGAAAAUUGAAUGGAACAAAAUUUUCUGGGAAAUUAGGGUCUGUGUUUCGAGGUUGACCUCUACCCCUGAAAUUCGGGAAAAUGCUGUUCCAUUCGAACUGGCAAUUCUCAAAAAUUCAAAGCAAUUUUUUACUCGAAUGAAAGCGCCCCCCGCCUCACUACAUCUGGACGAUAAGGAACAUCAUGAAGCGUUUUGUAAUGGACUACAAAAAUUCGUUAUCCAAAUUGUAUUCACUUGAUUCUGGAGAACUCAACAGAACACAGAUUGACCAGGCUCUAAAAAAUCUCGACUUGAUUACCUGUGAGUCUAAUGUGUAAGAUAUCGUUUCAUAUAAAGACCUUAUUUCUAGGAAAAUAUAAUAUUUUGAUGCCAGUCAUGUCUUACGUUCCCGUCCUAUUGCGGGAAGACCGACAUGCAUUAUAGUUGCAGAGUGUAACAAUAUAUUUUAUUUUAAAAUUC